AUGAGCGACGCCUAUGAACGCGAGCAGCAGAACAAUGCGCUCCUUAACUCCCUCUCAUCCAAAGUUACCGCACUUCGAGACGUGACGAUCAAUAUCCAUGACAACGCGCGGGAUCAAGAGACGCUCGAUCACACGAACGAUGUCUUUUCCUCUUUUGGCACGAACUUGACAGGCAGCGCCUCCCGGCUUACGAGAAUGGCCAAGCAAGGCGAUACUGUCGCCGUGCUCAAGGUGGCGGGUAUCUGCAUUGGAGCUGGCAUUCUGCUCUACAUCAUCCUGGGUUGGAUCUUUUAA